ACUACGUGAUGCGUCCCAUACACAAACACACACACCAGGCUUAACCGGCGUAUCAUGUGCAUUUAAAAGGGGGAAUGCUUCCAUUCAAAGGUUUGGAAAAGUUUGGCGAGUGAUGCGUGAUUGUGACAUCUCUAAUGACCAUUCAUCUUGACGUCAUGUAGAAGUGGAACUAUCAGACAAGUUUUCCUGGAAUCUGAUUUUGGCCUCAAAAUAUCCUCUGAUUAUUGCUGUUAAUUUCCUCAACUGCAAAAUCCAAAGAAAGACAAUAUAUUGGAUGCCUUUUCAGGAGCUGUUAGCUCCGUGUUUAUUUAUUUAUUUCUUUUGGAGCUAUCUGGAAGCCAGUGACCCUACCGCUUAGGGUGGGUCAGGAGCUGGGAUGGGUGUGCUUGUUAUAGCAGUCUAAUUCCUGUUAAGUCUUUCCAUCUGUGUCGGACGCAUCAGUGUCUCUUGAAGGAGCUAACUCUUGGGUCCGUAUACUGGAAGAUACUCUGUCACCGAUGUAGUACAUCGACUCCUGGAGUGGGAAGCACCCUGUGGUUGUGUGUAUGGAUUGGUAGAGUUGUGACGCUUUGAGGGUUAAUGUCUGAGUGUGUAUCUGAGAAGGAAGAAAGGGAUCAUGUCUUGGUUUUGAACACCUGGAUUGUAUUACCGAGUUGAUUGACACGUUAGGAGAGCCCCUACUAGCCAAGGAUUCAUGCUGAUACACGGAGGGUGUCGAAACAAACAAAUACAUGCUUAUCGAGGCGGUGUAUAGGCAAUAGGAGGCAAAGACCAAUAGCAAGCCAGCUGUCAGCACCCCAGUAAAGAAACCAGAGAGACACAAGAUUCGCCAUGGCGACAGUGGUGUUUACUCAAUGGAAAUGGACGAUGAUGGCCCUAUAGGAGACGAGAAACAAAAAGAAGUUGGCAAAAUGAAAGAAAAGAAAGCCGCUCCUAAGGUGAAUACCUCACCGGCAUCUUUCCUCUCCCAGGUGAGGGAUGUGAUGAUCAAAGAAGGGAAUGAAGUAAGAUUUGCUUGUCACAUCUCAGGAGAACCAAAACCACAGGUAAAAUGGUUCCACAAUAGCAAGAGAAUUCACUCGACACACGAUCCAAGGAUAGUAGAAGAUGGCUUUACUACAACCCUCACUAUAUUCUCAGCUCAGCUUACUGACCUAGGAGAAUACUCCUGUGAGAUUUACAAUGGAAUCGGUGAGAAGCAAGCCAGUUCGGCAAAGCUUACCGUACAACCGGACAGGACGAAGAAGUCGUCGGGUCGGCUUCCAGAAUUUCUUGAUUUCUUCAAGGACAUGUCAGUCUGUGAAGGCCAGGAUGUGAACUUGACGUGUAAGGUCCGAGGUAAUCCCAUCCCAAAAGUCAUUUGGCUCUACAAUCACCGCCCUAUCCACGAAAGUGGUGACUUCAAAUUCUACCAUGAGAAUUUCAGUCACCGACUCCAUAUUGUGGAGGUUCUUCCAGAGGACGAGGGCGUGUACACUUGCAAAGCCAUCAAUUCUUUUGGGGAAAAACAGAUCAGUGCUGAACUCUUUGUCGAAGAGCAGACCCAAGGGUUGGACAGCAACAAAGGGCCACAUACUUCUGCGCGCCCUUCGUUUCUUAUACACGUGGAAGAUGCAAAAUGCUGGGAGGGGAAUGGCGCCACCUUUGACUGCAAGGUGACAGGUUUACCAGAGCCUGAGAUUCAGUGGUACCACGAUGGAAAGGAGAUAGAAGCCUCCAACCAAGGUCAUUAUAUCAUCGACAGAGGCAACAAUGGAAACUGCAUGUUGGUCAUCCCACAUGCGACAGUAGCCGAUGCUGGAGAGUAUGCUUGCGUUGCAAAGAGCAACCUUGGAACGGCUCACAGCAUUGCUGAACUAGUCGUCAUUGAAGAUUAAUUUUAGAAUCUCUGCAUGUCUCCUUCCAAAACUCUGCAUGCUAAAGGAUUGAAUAACUGUUGGG